CAGUAGUUAAAAUUUAGUGUUCAAACAAUAAUAAAUUUCUGUUAAUUAGAGAACAAAUAAUAAAGUAAGUUACGCGAAUGAUUUUCAUCACCUUACAAGCUUCUUUAAAAUCGUUCUAUAGAGCUGCGAUUCUAAUUCGUAGUUACAAAAUUAAGCACACUCCCUUGCGACCCCCAAUGAUGCCUAAAGAUAAUGCAUAUUUGCAAGAUUUGCAAAUGCAACGACGGAAACAGAAAUUAAAAUCUACUAAAUAUGCUCCAUCUAUGAUAUCGCUCCAGGUAAUUGGCAAUGGGUCGCCAGCUGAUUCAAGAUCUGUCUUGCUUAAUACAGAUCACACAAAUUAUUUAUUUAAUUGCGGAGAAGGCACACAAAGAUUGGCGACUGAACAUCAUUGUAAACUUUCAAAAAUUGAGCAUAUUUUUGUGACAAAAGCUUCGUGGGACAAUAUGGGUGGAAUUCCAGGAGCUCUUCUAACAAUACAAGAUACAGGUGUACCAAAAAUUUGUUUGCAUGGUCCAGAAGGAACAAAUGAAUUAAUGGAGGCAAUUGAUAACUUUGUCAACAUCAAUCAAUUAAAUGUUGAAGCAGUAGAUACCUCAAGGACUUAUAAGGACCAUGUAAUGACAGUUGAAUAUCAUACAAUAAAAAAUAUAAUUUCAAAAAAAUCAACAGAAGAAUCAAAAGAAGACGAUAGCAUUUCGUUUAUUUCAUGUGAUGCAGAUAAAAUUAAUUUUUACAGUGAUAAGCCUAAUCAAAAUGGUAAAAGACCUCGUACACCUGGUAGUCCAGCACCAGUAACAAGAAAAGGAAUUCCUUUGAUUAUGAAUAGAAUCAAUACUAUGAUGGUUUAUAUUUGUAAAAUUCAUCCCAAAGCAGGAUCUUUGAAUCUUGUUAAAUGUGUCGAUGCUGGUAUUAAAUCUGGUCCAGAUAUGGGAAAACUCAAAGAUGGUAAAGAUGUCACACUUCCUAAUGGAACAGUUGUUAGAAGUGUAGAUGUUGUCAAUCCAGCAGAACCAGGACCUUUAUUCAUUGUUAUGGAGUGUCCUAAUGAAGAUUGGAUAGAUGUUAUUGUUAAUAAUCCAAUUUUCUUGAAUUAUCAGAAAAACACAGCUGAAAAUAAAGAAAAAAUUGCCAGUUAUAUAGUGCACUUUACGCCAGCAGCCAUAUUGAAUGAUCCAAGAUACAAGGAAUGGAUGCACAAAUUUGGUGAAAGCACCGAACAUCUCAUAAUAAAUGAAGAGAGCAAAUGCAAUGGAAGUGAAUCUAUUCACAAAAUGCAACAUCAACUUCAUUUGAUUAAUGGUGAAAUAUUUCCAUUUUUUGAGAAUAAAACUUACUUUUCUGAACUAAACAACGUCGAAAAUGAAAUUCAAGUAGAGGAAAAUCAACUAGGAAAUGAAAAUAAAUUAAAAAUACGACACUGUAAAACUCUAAAUGGAAUCCAAUUACGUCCGCACAAAGGCUUUGACAAUACUGAAGUUAAAUUAAAUCCAAGAGAAUACGUUCAAGAGGCAUUGAGCAUUGACGGAUUGUGUGAUGCUAUUGCUGAUUUACAAACAGAAACAAAUAAUAGAAUUAAAUCUUUAGGAACUGUUGAAGAAUAUCCGAAAAUAGUCUUCUUAGGUACGGGCUGUUCUAUUCCAAACAAAAUCAGAAAUACAAGCAGCAUACUUUUACAAAUAUCAGAAAACAAUAACAUUUUGUUGGACUGCGGUGAAGGUACGGCCGGCCAAUUGGUCAGAUUUUUUGGUGAGGAACAAGCCGAUCACAUUUUAAAAAAUUUGAACGCUAUUUAUGUAUCCCAUUUGCAUGCUGAUCAUCAUUUAGGUUUCAUUGGACUUUUGAAGCAAAGAGAGCGUGUUACUGACGAUAAAUUAUAUCUGAUAGCUCCAGAACAAAUUGAGGAUUAUCUAAAUUUGUAUGACCAUAGAUUUGAAUCGAUUUGCAAAAAUUUCAAACUAAUUUCAAACAGGGACUUACUGUUGGGCCAAAAUAUUUUGCCAUUUACAAUAGCAAAAGAAAUGUACGAACGCCUGGAAAUAUCUAAUAUCAACACAGCUUUCGUUAAACACUGUCCAUAUGCCUAUGGUGUCGCGUUAACAUUAAAAGACGAGCGCAAAAUUUCUUAUAGUGGUGACACAAUUCCAUGUGACAGUUUUGUAAAACUAGCAAAAAACAGUUUUUUGCUUAUUCACGAAGCAACGAUGGAAGAUGGUCUAGAGACCGAUGCAGCGCAGAAGCAUCAUUCAACUAUUUCCCAAGCGGUAAAUGUUGGAGUCAAAUCUAAUGCGGAGUUUACCAUACUCACGCAUUUCUCGCAACGAUACAGCAAGAUGCCACUAUUGCCAAAGCAAGGUACCGACUUGAGCCGAGUUGGUAUCGCUUAUGACUUCAUGAAAGUGAAGAUGUCGGAACUGUCGCUGUUACCUUUGAUGUAUCCAAGCCUGAGUAUUUUAUUCCGUGAAUUCACAACGUCACUUGACGAGAAAACCGCCAAGCGACAAUUUCAAAAAGAACGACUUAUUAAAAAUGCUAAAAAUUGACAAGAAUAAAUUUGAAAAGAUGAAAAGUAGGUUAUCGUAAGAUGUGAAUGAAGAUAUUGUGAACUUUGUUACAUUUAUUUGUAUAUUAUGAACAAUUUUUCAAGAGGACAGUGUGAGCUGACUUGUUACCGUGUUGGUGAAGUUUUGACAACGUGUGAAAUGUAUGAUACAUAUACAUCUGUAAAAAUGUUGAAUUUGAUGUAUUAUAAGAGAUUUAUAUUUGUCGAAAACUAUCUUCAGUUGCUAAUCUGAAGUGUCGGGUGUAUAUAGAGUGUUCAUAAAUUUAGCCUUUAAGCUUCUAUUUUUAUGAUAUCUUAAAAUAAAUGUAUUUUGUACAUUUAUUAAGUAUUGAUUCCUUCCUUUUUUAAUAGAACCUGAAAAUCAUUCAUACGUUAAUACAGUAAAUUAACUAUAGUGUAUC